CAAAGAGAGACGUGUAGCAAAACGGUGCGUCCAAGUCGCCGUCCACCAGACCAUACUCUACACGUUAAUACCACCCAAACGGCCCAAUUAUGGAAAUACAGAGACCAACGAUAGACGGCCCAGAGUAAGACGGUUCAUUUCCCCGUAGCUUAACGGUGGGAAAAGAAAAUGGCGGAAAGUGCUGCUUCGGCGACUCCACCGGCAGGAAGAGGCGGAUUGGAGAAUGACAAGUCCAACAGCAUUAGCGUAUCGGCGAUGCAGUUCUCGUACGACUCCAACCAGGCGCCUCUUUUCUUCGACUUCAAUCUCGACAUUGCUCCCGGAUCUCGCUGCUUGCUCACCGGCGCAAAUGGAUCAGGGAAGUCGACUUUGCUGCGGAUCCUGGCUGGGAAGCAUAUGGUGGGAGGAAAAGACGUGGUCAGAGUGCUGAACAGCUCGGCUUUUCAUGACACCCAGCUCGUUUGUAGCGGCGACUUGGCCUAUCUGGGAGGUUCCUGGAGUAAAACUGUGGGAUCGGCGGGAGAAAUUCCACUGCAGGGAGAUUUCUCUGCGGAGCAUAUGAUAUUUGGAGUUGAGGGUGUUGAUCCAGAUAGGAGAGAAAAGCUAAUUGAUCUACUCGAUAUCGAUCUCCGAUGGCGUAUGCAUAAGGUAUCUGAUGGACAGCGUCGACGGGUUCAGAUUUGUAUGGGGCUUCUUCAUCCGUAUAAGGUUCUGCUAUUAGAUGAGGUGACAGUUGAUCUAGAUGUGGUUGCUAGGAUGGAUUUGCUGGAGUUUUUUAGGGAGGAAACUGAGCAGAGAGGAGCUACAUUAAUAUAUGCAACUCACAUCUUCGACGGUUUAGAGGCAUGGGCGACGGACCUUGCUUACAUACAGGAUGGUGAGCUUAAGAGGUACGCUAAGUUGGUGGAGAUGGAUGAGCUGAGAACAUCUGCGAACUUGCUUACAGUAGUUGAGAACUGGCUACGUUCAGAGACCAAGCAGGAGAAGAAGAAGAAGGAACCCAUAAAACCCCCUACUGCCCAAACCCAGAAGGCUUCCUCCGGUUCUCCUUUCAUGUCAUCUAGUAGACACAUGGCUUACUAUCGUUGAUUUGAUGCCAGUAUUGGAAAGUUGAAAUCUGGGGAAGUGUUGGUCCUCCUAAAAAAGGGAUCGUAUAUCUAUUCUUUUGGUCAAGUAUUUGAUCCUUACUGCAUAAGCUUUAAAUAUGUAAUGCAAUGUGAGGUUUUUUUCCCUUCUUUUUUUUGGCUAUUCCUUUUUUUUUAACUAUUGCAAGAAGACUCUUGGGAGAGGGGAGAUAGGAAGUUGAACCAACGAUCUACAGCUGUACAAGCUUCUGAUUAGUUGUGAAAUUUCUUUUAGCCAAACCUAUUGAAAUUAUAUUAAUUAGUUAAAUGUUAA